CAAUCUUUAUUAAUAUUUUCCAAAUAAUAAAUUCAUAAAUAUUUAAAAACUUAUAAUAUUUAAUCCAACAAACCAAAUUGCAUCCUAAAUAUAAUAAAUACCAUAUAUUUUCUUUGAAUCGAAGAAUCCACUAAAAUUUUAAUAAACGAAUUUACUUUAAUUGGAAUAAAGGUGAUGCUUUUGUGAUUAGUUCAAUUUCAACAGGAUAUUUGCCUAGAAAUCUGGUAUAUCUUGUUAUUAGGGCAUGGACAUACAUACAUAUGCAUACAUUAAAAAUGGGCUGUAAACACUAAUACCAACAAAACGAGUGAUGCUCAGCCCCCUUUUGCAUGUUCCUGUUGGCGGAGGUGGUGGCAAUGGCGUAUAACGUAGGUAUACAUAAUUUCUGCUGUAUUACUGGUGAUUGCGUGUUACGGUUUUCGGGGUUGCAGACACAUGUCCGUUCUGCUUCUGUCAUGGUUUUAUGAUAAAUCUCAAACAGCAAGCCGAAGAGCGAACAUCGUGAAAUUGUGUCCACUGUGUCAUUACUCAUGAUUCUGGUCCUAAACAUCGGAAGACUAUUGACUAAAGGAAAUCAAAUAACCUGUGGUCGUAGUCGUUUAACGCCAUGGAAAAGUGAAAGCUGUGCAAUUAAUGUAAACGUUGUAAUGAAUUCAUAAGGAGUUUAAUAAUAUUAAUCAAAAUUUGUUAAAUAUAAAUACAAUAAAUUAAAUAUUAUAUAAGUGAAUAAAAAAGUUUUACCAACUAUAUUAAUAAGUUAAGCAGUGAAGUUAAAAUGAAUAAAAAUGAGCAUUCUCCCGGAAGAUGCACUGCACCGCAAGAAAUACUUAACUCGCACACAAACCGGGUUUGCUAUUCACCGCAGAAUCGAUUGGUCCCUUGGAGUCAGCAUUCAGUAGCGAAUUCGACGGCAAAUGUUGAGUCAACCGGAUCUCUAACUGCUGCGCGUUCAAAAAGUCAAAACUUAGGUUUAAUUUGUGUAGUUUGUGGAGAUACCAGCUCUGGGAAACACUAUGGAAUUUUAGCUUGCAAUGGCUGCUCGGGAUUUUUCAAACGAAGUGUUCGGCGAAAACUCAUUUACAGGUGUCAAGCCGGAACAGGUCGAUGUAUUGUGGACAAAGCACAUAGAAAUCAGUGUCAAGCUUGCCGCCUUAAGAAGUGCCUUCAAAUGGGGAUGAAUAAAGAUGCAGUGCAAAAUGAGCGCCAGCCGCGAAACACAGCCACUAUACGUCCUGAGACUCUGCGGGAGAUGGAACACGGGCGAGCUUUGCGGGAAGCGGCCGUAGCCGUUGGAGUAUUUGGACCACCAGUUCUAUUAUCUCCUCCAUGCUAUGGUCCUGGCCUACUACCACCUCCCUCUUUAUCAAAUCUUCCGACAAAUCGGCGAUUACAUCACAAUCACAUUUCAAAGGCCUUACAGCUUUCUUCAAAUGUAUCACAGGCAGGCGGUUUCUCUGUAUUUAACAACAAUAUACAGUUUUCAAAAGAUAAUUCUUACGCGACCUCAAUGGAUCUUUCCAAUGGAACUGUCUCUGUGUCUACAAACUCAAGUAGUACAAACUCAAUAGAUCCGAGUUCUCCCAUAUCUGAUACAGUUUUAGAUAAAAAUCCUGUAGGAGGAAGUGUUUCGUCCAUAAGUUCGACCAGUUCUGUUCAUGAUAAUGAUAAUGAUGAUGACUCCAUCGAUGUUACCAAUGAUGAAGAGCCUCUGCGAAACGAGAAACUAGAUUGUCAUUUCACGAUACCGACAUUUGUACCACAAAACUUGUACGUUCAGCCACAUGAGACAGUUUAUGAAACCAGUGCUCGCCUCCUCUUUAUGGCCGUAAAGUGGGCAAAAAAUUUACCAAGUUUUGCGAGUCUGUCCUUCCGAGAUCAGGUCAUUCUCUUAGAAGAAUCAUGGUCGGAUCUUUUUCUACUCAACGCCAUUCAAUGGUGCAUUCCUUUAGACCCUACUGGAUGCACUUUAUUCUCAGUUUCAGAACACUGCAAUAAUUAUGACACCACACAAGAGAGUGAGAAUUGCGUUACUAAAGAAGAAGUAGCCGCCAGUGUACGGACAUUACAUGAAAUUUUCUACAAAUACAAGGCAGUUCUAGUUGAUCCCGCUGAAUUUGCAUGCAUGAAAGCAAUUGUUUUAUUUCGGCCCGAAACCCGGGGGCUCAAAGACCCCGCGCAAAUAGAAAACCUUCAAGACCAAGCUCAUGUCAUGCUAUCUCAACACACAAAAUCACAGUUUCUUACGCAGAUCGCACGAUUUGGUCGUCUACUCCUGAUGCUGCCUCUUUUACGAACUGUGAAUUCUCAUAAAAUCGAACUAAUAUAUUUUCAACGUACAAUUGGAAAUACACCCAUGGAAAAAGUGCUCUGCGAUAUGUAUAAGAACUGAAAUGAUGGCUUUUUAAAAAUAUUUGUAUACAUAAAUAUGUACAUACAUAUACGAAUAUUUCUUACAGUAAGGAGAUAUGUGUUCCUAUACCAAGAAUAAAAAAAUUAUACAAUAGA